UAUAAGAUCUAUUUUCUAUUUUUUUUUUUUUUGAAAGAAUAUCACAGAAUAGGUUUUCAUAGGAUUUAUACUAAAUGAGAGUAUGUUAUUUGUAGGAAUACUAAAAAUGGAUGAUUAAUUAAUUGGAUAACUAAUGGAAAAUGGUAACUGCCGAUUUAAUAUGUUGAUCUUCUGAAAUUAAUAAAUUCAAACGAAGGCACGCCGAAGAUCGGAUCACCAUUAUCAUCUACAUUUUACCGGCAAUGCCUACCACCGACUCCGACGGCAGUAAGCAGCUCCAUGUGGUGAUGUUCCCAUGGCUUGCUUUCGGUCACAUCAUCCCUUUCCUUGAACUUUCUAAAUCAAUAGCCCAAAAAGGUCACAAAGUCUCUUUUCUUUCCACAACUCGAAACAUCCAACGUAUCCCAAACCUCCCUUCUCACCUCUCACCACUUAUAAACUUGGUUCCACUCACUCUUCCACGUCUUCACCAGCUGCCACAGGAUGCAGAAGCCACCAUGGAUGUCCGCACUGAAGAUAUUCAAUACCUCAAGAAGGCCUUCGAUGGUCUUCAGCUAGAAGUCACUCGGUUUCUUGAGUCAGAGUCCCCAGACUGGAUUAUUUAUGAUUUUGCUCCCUACUGGUUGCCGAAGAUCGCUGCUGGCCUCGGCAUCUCGCGAGCCUUCUUCUCCAUAUUCAAGGCAUGGUUCAUCGCUUUUUUAGCAGAGUCACCGGAGGACAUGAUAAACGGUUCCGAUGAUCGGACGUCGGUUGAGGAUUUCCUGGUGCCAGCCAAGUGGCUUCCGUUUCCUUCGAAAAUAUGCUACCGGAGGCAUGAAGCUAACUGGAUGGUGGGAGGUUGUUCUCCUAAUGCUUCUGGGGUUUCAGAUGCUUAUCGUAGCGGGAUGAUUUUGAAGGGUUCUAACUGUUUGUUUAUAAGACAUUCCUACGAAUUUGAACCCCAAUGGAUGACCGUUGUACAAGAGCUGCACCACCUCCCGGUGGUUCCAGUAGGCCUAAUGCCACCGGCCACAGCGGUGGAGGUAGAAAACGGGAAAGAUGACACGUGGCUAACAAUCAAGAACUGGCUCGAUGGUCAACAAAAAGGUCAUGUGGUGUACGUGGCAUUAGGAAGUGAAGUUAUGCUGAGCAAAACUGAUGUGAGUGAGUUAGCCCUGGGUCUCGAGCUCUCUGGGUUGCCAUUCUUUUGGGCUUUUAGAAAACCGGCGGGUUCCACCGAGUCAGACUCGGUUGAAUUGCCAGACGGGUUCUUGGAGAGAAUCUGGAACCGUGGGAUAGUGUGGACGAGUUGGGUACCUCAGUUACAGAUACUGAGUCAUGACUCGGUUGGUGGUUUCUUGACUCACUGUGGUUGGGGCUCGAUUGUGGAAGGGCUAAUGUUUGGUCAUCCUUUAAUCAUGCUUCCGUUUUUGGUGGACCAAGGGCUGAAUGCCCGAGCAUUGGUCGACAAAAAUGUAGGAAUUGAGGUGCCAAGAAACGAGGAAGAUGGGUCCUUCACCAAGAACUCGGUGGCCGACUCACUGAGUUUGGUAGUUGUUGAAGAUGAAGGGAAGGUCUACAAGGAGAAUGCGGUGGCUUUGAGCCGAAUAUUUGGCGACAUGAAGCUACAACAGAAGUAUACAGACGACUUUGUAGAAUAUUUGGAAAAACAUAGGUACAACCCUUGAUUAAAUGGUUGUUACUUGUUAAGGUUUGUUUAAAUGGCAGAAUAAAUGAAGAUAACAUGGGUUGUUACCUUUGUUUAAAGUGAUUGCAUUGAUAAGAACCAUGAUGAGCCAUUGAAGUAUUAAUUUGGUACUUGGACAUAAUAAGAUGUUUUAUUCAAGCAUUAUAUCUUUUUCA